GCGGCAGCGGGGUCGGGGGCUCGGCCCGGCGGGACGCGGAGCCAUGAGCAGAGCCGGGAGGGUCCCGGGCCGGGGGGCGGCCAUGGCCAGGCAGCUGGGGCUGCUGGCGGCUCCCGGUGCCGGUGGGAACGGGAACGGGAACGGGAACGGGGACGGGGACGGGGAGGCGGCGCUGGAGGCGGAGCUGCUGCGGCUGCUGCGGGGCCGGGACGGACCGGAGAGCGGGCAGCGACCCCCGCCGACAGAUGUGCAGGCCCUGGCCCAGCUGUGCCUGCAGGACCCUCCCGAGGAGGAGGAAGGGGAGGAAGAUCUGGAGAACGAGGAGUUGAUGGCAGAGCUGCAGGAGGUGCUGCAGGAGGGGCCCGAGAGCACCGAGAGUGCCCAGGAUCCCGCGGGGGCGCUCUUGGCCGAGCUGUCGGAGCGGGCGGAGCUUUACCGGGCCGCCAUCGCCAACGCCGGCACCGGGAACGGGAGCACCGGGACCGGGAACGGGAACGCGGCGCGGCUGCGGCGGCUCCAGCGCGGCCUCAAGACCCUGGAGCAGCUGCUGGCCUCUGCACACCGUGGGAUCCCGAUCGACCGCGCUGAGAUUCCCCCUCCGGUGGCUCUGGGCCGGCCUGGGGGGUCCCCACUGCAGCCCCCAGCCCCAAAUCCCCCUCUGGAUCCACACCCAGACCCCAAAAUCGAUCCCAAUCCCAAAAUUGAUCCCAGAAUUGAUCCCAGAAUUGACCCCGAUUGGCGGCGGCUGCGGGAGCUGCAGAGGGAGGCCCUGCAGGCCAAACGCAGCGGGGACAAGGCCACGGCCCUGAGCCACUUCAGGGAGGCCAAGAAAUUGCAGGCACAGCUGGAGGCGCUGGGACGAGGAGCUGAGCCCGAUCCACAGGCUGAGGAAUCCAAGGAUCCACCAACAAAGGAUCCACCAAAAAAGGAUCAAUUAAAAAAGGAUCAAUCAGAGGAGGAUCAAUUAAAAAAGGAUCAAUUAAAAAAGGAUCAAUUAAAAAAGGAUCAAUUAAAAAAGGAUCAAUUAAAAAAGGAUCAACCAGAGGAGGAUCCUGCAAUCUCCAGCCCAG